CAAUAGUGUUAUAGAGCAUUUGAGCAAUAUUGAAAAGGUGAGAGAUGGGCUAAGCUAGCGUCCAACAUCUAGCCCAGUUGAAGAGAGAAACGCAUUGUCCCUGUGAUCUUGCUUUGUGUUUCUAGUGUGUGUGUGUGACUCUGUCUCUGACCUCUGUGUGAGUAUGUAGAGAGAGAGAGAGAGAAACCCAAAGUCCGGUGCACCAUUCCUUAAGUCUUAACUUCUUCCCGGCAUUAUUACCCAAUGGAACCGUCCCUGAACAGUAACGGUUGUCAUGACUACGACAUUAUCAGGUGGUUCGAAGAGGUGGCAGAAAACGCUGGAUUCGUUCAGACCCAGACUCUGCGACGAAUUAUUGAACUGAAUUUUAACACCGAAUACCUCAGGAAAUGGCUGGGGGAUAUUAAAGUCCAAGAUAUGGACUCCACUGCCCUGGAAGCCCUUUACACCUCCUUAGUUCCUCUUGCUUCCCAUGCGGAUUUAGAGCCUUACAUCCAGAGAAUUGCAGAUGGGGAUUCAUCUCCAAUCCUCACUCAAGAACCCAUCUCCCUUCUUUCCCUAAGUUCGGGAACCACAGAAGGAAGACAAAAGUACGUACCCUUCACUCGACAUAGCGCUCAAACUACUCUUCAGAUUUUCAGGUUGGCAGCCGCUCACCGAUCGAGGAUUUACCCAAUAAGAGCAGGAGGGAGGAUCCUUGAAUUCAUUUAUAGCAGCAGACAAUUCAAAACGAAGGGAGGUUUAACAGCGGGAACAGCAACAACCCACUACUACGAAAGUGAGGAGUUCAAGAUAAAACAGAAGAAAACAAAGUCAUUUACUUGCAGUCCGAAGGAAAUAAUUUCAGGUGGAGACUACAAACAAUCGACAUACUGUCAUCUUCUGCUUGGCCUUGUUUUCUGUGAUGAGGUGGAGUUCAUCACCUCCACAUUUGCCUACAGCAUAGUGCAGGCAUUUACAACCUUCGAAGAGGUAUGGAAGGACAUAUGCAGAGACAUCAAAGACGGCACUCUGAGUUCAAGAAUCACCGUACCGAGCAUGAGAAAAGCUGUGCUGGAGGUUCUCUCUCCGAAUCCAUCCCUGGCUUUAACGAUUGAAAAGAAAUGCAAUGAGCUAGAAUCGUUGGAUUGGUUCUCUGUGAUUCCCAAGCUAUGGCCGAAUGCUAAAUAUGUUUAUUCGAUAAUGACGGGAUCGAUGCAACCUUAUUUGAAGAAACUAAGGCGUUAUGCAGGGAAUUUACCUCUAGUGAGUGCUGACUAUGGAUCCACAGAGAGUUGGAUUGGGGUUAAUGUGGAUCCCUCUUUUACUCCAGAGAAUGUUACUUUUGCAGUAAUACCCACCUUCUCUUACUUCGAAUUUAUACCUCUUUAUAGGCAGAACCAAGAAAGCAAUUCAGCCAUUGAUGAUUUUAUGGAAGCUGAGCCUGUACCACUCUCUCAAGUUAAGAUUGGACAAGAAUAUGAGGUUGUCCUCACCACUUUUACAGGUCUCUAUAGAUACAAGUUGGGAGACGUGGUGGAGGUGGCUGGGUUUUACAAAGGAACCCCCAAACUGAACUUUAUUUGCAGAAGAAAGCUAAUUCUAACGGUAAACAUUGACAAGAAUACAGAGAAGGACCUUCAGCUGGUGGUGGAGAGGGGUUCUCAGCUGCUGAGCAAGACAAAGGCUGAGCUAGUGGACUUCACCAGUCAUGCCGACGUGAAAAAUCAACCAGGGCACUACAAGAUUUACUGGGAGAUAAAGGGUGAAGUGGAGGAGGAUGUGCUGAGGGAGUGCUGCAGGGAGAUGGACGCAGCGUUUGUGGAUCAUGGGUAUGUGGUUUCGAGGAGGGCCAAUUCAAUCGGACCACUAGAACUGUGCAUUGUGGAGAGUGGGACAUUUAAGAAGAUAUUGGAUCACUUUGUAGGGAAUGGAGCAGCACUGAGCCAGUUCAAGACACCCAGGUGCACUAGCAACGAGGUCCUCCUCAGAAUUCUCAAUGUCUGCACCAUUAAAAGGUUCCGCAGCACGGCUUAUGGUUAUGGGGGGUGAUGAAUUGAUGAUGAUUGAUGAGCAACACCAACCAAUUUUACUUAUCUAAUCAAUUAUCAGUGGUUUUCUGUUUGUGAUUCCAUUCCUCAAUAAUUAAACAGAUGGUGAUACCGUUUACUGUUUUCAGAA